AUUUCUUACCAUCUUGGCUCCUUUCCUCUAGAGACUCUCCUGUUGUCAAGAUUCUUUGUUAGUUUUUCAACAAGAUCUGGACAAGGUAUCCCAAGAACUGAAAGGAGCUUAAGGGCCUGCAUUUUGUCUUUAAGUGGUGAGGGAGCUAUUAUAAGGUGUAGAAUGAGCCAAGGAGACUCAAACCCAGCAGCCAUUCCACAUGCAGCAGAAGAUAUUCAAGGAGAUGACAGAUGGAUGUCUCAGCACAACAGAUUUGUCCUGGACUGUAAAGACAAAGAGCCUGAUGUGUUAUUUGUGGGGGACUCCAUGGUGCAGUUAAUGCAGCAAUACGAGAUAUGGCGAGAGCUUUUCUCCCCUCUCCAUGCACUGAAUUUUGGAAUUGGAGGAGAUACAACAAGACAUGUUUUGUGGAGGUUAAAGAAUGGAGAACUGGAGAAUAUUAAACCCAAGGUCAUUGUUGUCUGGGUAGGAACAAACAACCAUGAAAAUACAGCAGAAGAAGUAGCAGGCGGAAUCGAGGCCAUCGUACAACUGAUCAACACUAGGCAGCCACAGGCCAAAAUCAUUGUAUUGGGUUUGUUACCUCGAGGUGAGAAGCCCAACCCUUUGAGGCAAAAAAAUGCCAAGGUGAACCAGCUCCUCAAGGUUUCCCUGCCAAAGCUUGCCAAUGUUCAGCUCCUGGAUAUAGAUGGGGGCUUCGUGCACUCGGACGGUGCCAUCUCCUGCCACGACAUGUUUGAUUUUCUGCAUCUCACAGGAGGGGGCUACGCAAAGAUCUGCAAACCCCUCCAUGAACUGAUCAUGCAGUUGUUGGAGGAAACACCCGAGGAGAAACAAACCACCAUUGCCUGACUGCCUCCUGUCAGUGUUAAUUGCAUCCCAGCUUCCUCAGAUCAGUUAUGUCACUGGCACUACAGAAUCCUUCUCUUUCUUAAGGCACUUUGCAUUGUAGAAUGUUCCUGGAUGUUCAUAUCUAGUGUUUGAAAGGGAGGAGGGAUUUAAACUGGUCCUGUACAUAGGUUUGUUUGACACAGGAGAAAAACUAGUUAAGGAAGAUUGUUGUUUAAAUUCAUUCGAAACCAGAAGGGGACUUUUUAGUUAGAUGUGUGACACCGUCAUUGAAUUAUUGCUGUUUUUUCUAGGAUGACAUCAAGCCUAAGUACUGAACAAAAUGAAGAUUUCUUUGCCUUUCUUUCUCUGAAUUAUGUCAUACAUAAUAAUCAGAAUCACACCUACCUGGCUUUAAAACAUCUUUUUUCCAGUUUUUAAGGAUCAUCAUUUAGACUUUUGUUUCUAUUUUCCUUUACUCAUAUGUAUUCUUUUCUUAAAUCAUUUUUUAUUGUUAUUCUGUAUAUUCCUAAUGUUUUCACAUAUAGCAUCAGGUUGGACAUAGUUGUCAUUCACAUAUGUGGGAUGCUAUAGUUACAGUGAAUUUGUUCCACUCAGUCUUUUCUGGACUUAGCAGUGAAAAAUACAUUUUGCCCCAUUUGGGGGAGUCUCUGUGGAGGGUAUUAUUUUUAUGCUGCUGAAUAAACAUGUCUGUAAUAGACCCAUGCAUGCAGCCUUUCCUCCCUAUUUUUUUGGUCCUUGUUGACAUAACAAGCUUUCAACAUUUUUUUGACGUAGGAGCUCUGUUGCUGGAAGUAUUAAGUCCCCAGCGAGUUCCUCUCAUGAUAUUUCUGAUGUGUGACUCAUUCUUGUGUGUGGUAUCCUGUGCUAUAGAGUCUGUGUAGUGCUAUCCAUAUUCAGAGUUCUGGUUGGUUUUGUUUGUUUUUCCCUUAGAACCUGUUACAAUUUCUUGUUGGGGGGACGGAAUCAGAACUCUUAUUAUCCAUUCCGUAAGCCUGACAUUAUUUCAAGUUUUAUAGCAUCUUAAGGUGUAUAUUUUAUUUUUUUAUUGUCUUAGUUUUUAAAUUAUAACAGUCCAGAAAAAUUUGGCACUGUCUUAUGGGGAAACAAGAGAAGUUGUUCUUCAGAAUUGACAUUCACCUUGAUCCCACCAUUUUAGUAAGGAAGGAACUAUGUUUGUUUAACUUUCAGGAUUUCUCCUUAAUAUAUCAUCAUCUGAGAAUUUCUUUCAAGAGAGCUCUGUAUGAUCUUAAUGGUUUGUAUGAGCUAUAGUAACUGCCAUUUUAAAAGUAAUGGGACCGUAGAUGGUUUAUUGUUCAAUAUACCUAUGAAAUGUAUACAAACUGGAUCUAUAAACAAAUAUUUUAAACUGGACCAGGUAGAUAUUGAAGUAACCCCUCCAUAUGUGCUCUGCAGUGAUUCUCCUUAACAUUCAAGUUCAAUAACUAAGGCAUAUGUCUUAUGUUCUGCUUGCAAGGCAAAUAGCAGUGCUCUUGUGUGUUGGAGGGGCGUUCCUGAUUUGUGCUAAGAGCCACUUCUGAUUGAAUGGGACAGAACUUGGGUGGUUUUUUGUUUUCCCUUGUCAAGCCUCUUUCUAGGACUUCUGUUUUUGUUUUUUGUCUUUUUUUUUAAACACAUACUUUCCUUAAUGUAUCAUGUCUUCAUUAACAAAAGAAAAUACACAUGGUGUUUACUAAACUCGUUUACUAUAUUAAAAUUUUCUUUUUAUGUUUAUUAGCCCAGAUUCUUGAAUUUUUCAAGAUAGAUUUUUUUCUUCUUCUUAGCUGGGGUAUCGUUCUAAGGAUAAUUACUUAAUCCAGUUUUGUGUGUGAAAAGACAGUUUUCUGUCCAGAUCUUCUGUUUGUCAGGGUGGGAGUAUGGUCCAAACAAACCUGUAGGUUACUCCAGCAGCAUAGGCUUCAAGCUUCUCUUGACUAAGGAUUAAAUAUCCAUUUGUGGGAUGACCUUCAGCUCCUUUGCUUAUGUGUAUAAACCUGAGAUGUUAUACAUUUUCUAUCUACUAGAGCUAUUUGAGCAAUAGUAUUUGAACCACUAGCCUUUUAAAUAAAAGUCUGCCCCAUUGCUAAUGUGCA